UUGAUGACUAAUUCUGUACAUGGUGAAAAGGGAACGGGGUUGAGAGGACAAGACGGGGACUCCUGGGUCCCCUGCAAGCCAAGUGAGAGACAGAUUCUUGGGGAGGAGGUGGGGCAGUGAGAGAAAACGAGCAAGCAUCGUGGACUCCCAAAUUAGGCGGGGAGACAGCGCCCUUCCCGAUCCUGAAGCUCGCCCCACUCCUCCCUCUUGGGAAGCAGCCCCGACGUGCCGCGCGGCCCCCCUGGACGACGGGCGCCGCCGAUCCCCGGCCAUCAUGGGCUCCCCCUCGGGGCUGGGCCGCUGCCGGCUGGCCUUGGCCUUCGCGGUGCUCAUGGACGCCGCGGGCACCGGGGCGCUGCUGACGGGCAUCUUCGCGCGGCUGCGUCUUCGGGGCCGCGACUUCGGCGACCUGCUGAUCUACUCGGGCGCCGUGCUGGUCUUCCUGAGCCUGCUGGGCUGGAUCAUGUGGUACACGGGCAACAUCGAGAUCGCCCCCGAAGAGCUGGCCAGGGACUACGGCGCCAAGGGCGGCACGCUGGCCCGCCUGGCCAGGAAGAUCUCCAGGACGUGGUCCCGGCGCCAGGACACUCGGCUGGCCAUGAGGACGAUGCAGAGCAGCCGGGAAGCCGCCUAGACGAGGUGUCCUGCUUGCCAUUAACUGGAGGAUGUUCUGGCCCACUUGCGGGAUGAAUGAAUGAAUGGACUCGCCAGGUUGGAUGAUGUUCUCCUGGGACUGGACCUGACCUUUGACCAUAUCCCAGGAAAGGGAUAUUAGACUCAUCUCUUCGCCAGCUGCGCCCACCUUCAUCCAGUAGUUUCUGUGUGGAUUUUGCUUUACAUACAUUUCAAUAAUGCAUUCCUCCCCCCACCCC